GUUUCUUUGAUGGGUCUCUUUCUCUUAGUUUGCUCAAGUUCGGCGUCUUCGGCAUUUUGCUGCCAGUGGAGGGCAACUCACGCGCAUCAGGGAUAGUUUUGCAUUUACUUCAGCAUCCAGAACGUGAUCGUGUUUCGCGCCAUUUGCACUACGGCAUUGUGGGAAAACAUAUUUGUUGAUUGGAUCUGGGGAAGAUCGUCAAGUAGGCGAGGUACCAGUGUAGUGACCAUGGCUAACCCAGCUGCCAAAUUCCCCAACCGAAGGGUCACUUGUCCUGGGCUGCGGACAGCCCCACCGUCUGACCAGGUACUGGACAGGAUGAUCAGUGACAUUGACUUACAGUUGCAGGAAAAUGCUAAACAACUUGAAGGUUGCAUUGAGGAUAUUCUGAAGUUGACCAGUCAACUCCCUGGUGGACGUAACUUCACUCUGGCCAAGGAGGCUGUGGAUUAUACAGCCAAUAGUCAUAUACUGGAAAAGAGCUCUUGUUAUGAUCCUGACCUGGAACAAGUCUCUAACCUUUUCAGACAUGUGCUGCGCCAAAUGGAUGAGCACCCUGGCUCUGAAGAAGCCAUCUUGGAAUCCUUGCUCCAGCUGUCAUCUCAGGAAGGGAUCACACUCCCCCUGCGCUCUGCACGAACAGAACAAAACUUGGACUCUGUCCUCUCUUUGGGGGCUAUCUGUGAUGUCAAUGAACAGAUCAGUGAAUCUCUGUGGAAUGACAUCAAAAUCCGCUUGAAGAAGUUUUUCCUUGAUAAACUGAAUAAUUUGCCAUUGGAGCCUGACUUAAGUACAGUGAAAGUGGAAGGAGGGAAAAGGAUGGACUAUUUGAACAGUCUGUGUUGUCUGAAUACUGCAGCAGAGGUGUGGAAGAGUUAUAGAUCUUUGCGGUCCCAACAACUGCAGAGGAUGAUUAAUAAAAAUCUUUACACAGCUGAGGGGAAUAUGCUGGAGUUUGAAGCUCAGUCCACGGCUUGGGAAUCUCUCAGUGCCACUGUUAUCAGUAUGAUCAAUGAGGACUUUGCUAUUCUGAACUCUGGCAUAUUUGCAAGGGUUGUCACAACCUUUGAGUGCCUGCACCUCAUUUACCAAGAGAGGCUGUCUGAAGAAAUAGGAAACAUUGCAGAACGACUUCAACACGAGUUGCCAGGGUUGGAGGAGCAAGCUUCUGCUGCUCCCUCUAGUGAGAGGAAAAUUCCAAAGUCGGAAUCCAGACAUGAGUUUGGUCCUGUGGCUAACGUGAAAUCUUUACUGAGAUCACACUCAAAGAGUUUGGACAGUCUGUUGGUCAAGGGUGACCUGUUUCCUGAUGUCAGCAAGUCGGAGCCUGUUUUAUAUUGUUUUGUCCGGCUGGUCAGAGCUGUGUGUGCCAUCGAGAGCCAUAUUGAUGACCUGCACAAGACUAUGAUCUGGGAGGUGGUAAAUAAAACCAAAAAGAAAACAAGUACUCAAAAGACUGGAAUAAGAGGUGUAUUGAAGAGUGGAAGUACAUCUGAGUUGGCAACGCCAAAGCAAUCUGUGGAAGGAUUUUUUGGCAGUUUAAGUCUUGAUGAUUCACUAACAACUAGUCUUCAAGUGGUUGAGAAGGUGCCAGAAGAAGAGAAGCCUCGCUGGAAGUGGCGGCGCUACUUCAAACCCGUGCUACCACAACUAGCCAGGUGUCUGGAACAGUGCAUUCGCAAUGCUGGCACCCAGGCCAUGGAGGCAGAAAAACAGGCAGUGGAGACAUCUGGUGGGCAUGUUGAUGCUGAGAGGGUGUGCCCUCUGCUGGUGGGAGGAAGACUAGACUACCCAACCUGUAUUCCUAAAAGUGUUCAGCAGUUCAUGUCCAGUUUAGACAGAGUGUUACCUCUAGCUUACCACUGGUCAGAAGGUCAGUAUCAAGUGAUCAGGACCACUUUUGUAGAUGCUACAGUCCUCCAGCUGAAAGAUUUCCACAGAUGGAUAACAAAGCUUGGCCUAGAAACUCCAAAGGAGAAGACAAUACUUCAGACACUGUACUUGUCUCUGUCUGCAGCUGCCUUCAUCAGAAAUCAUCUCCUCCAUUAUGAAACAGUAUUAACUGGAGAAGACACCAGAGAGGUGUUAGUUGAUCCUCUAUUUCAUAAACCUAGUGCCAGUAAAAAGGUGUUUGUGACAGUAUAUCGCCAAUACUGCCACCUGGUGGAGAGUCUAUCCCAGCAUAUUGUAGACUUCCACAAUAAUGUUCUCAUAUCUGGACUCCUGCAUGAUGCAGAGAGCCAUCAUUUUGCUGAUGGCAAAGAAUUUUAUGAGGAUGAAAGGUGCUCUUUCUCCAUCCAGAUGUGGAACCUCCACAUGCAACGCCUUCAGCAGGACCUAUGGUCAGUCUGUCCACCUAGACUGGCUCAGAACAUUUACACCGCUGUCCUACAAGAAUCUUUAGCCAUCUUUGCCCUGAGGUACAGCAGGAUUAAACCAUCAUACAGAAGGACAAAACAAUUUAGGAGUGACAUAACUACCAUCUUGUUGUGCACUUCCCAGCUGGUCAUCCCGUCCUGUGACAGUGUGUCCAAGCUGGUUGAUAUAUGUCCAGUCUACCAAAACCUCUGGUCAAUCCACAAUCACUGCAGUACCUUAUUGUCCACUCUGGCCAUUGUUACCUCUCCACUGGACAUCCUCUACAAAAUUUUCAAAAGAGGAUUGCAUGGCAAGAGGAAAAAGUCUGAGGCUAGAGUUUCAUCAAGUUUGCCACAAGGCCACCCCUGCCAGUGGCUUGGAUGGAUACACCCAGGUGUUUUUAAGUCAGAUUGGAGAAGCUAUGAUGACAUGCAGACCACCACUGCCCUGUACCUACAGCUGUCUUUACUAGCCAGUCAGCCAGAACCUGCAUGGAUGUUGCUUUUGCAGACAUUAUUGAUGAAGGAUGUGACUCUUCCUAUCAUGUUGUUAACCCACUAUGCCACUAACAAGUUGCCUGCUCAGACUCCCCCAGAUGCCCAGCAGUGUGGUGGCAUGGGGUGUUGUGAGAAGGGCUGCCCUCACCUCUGUGGUCAGCCGCAAAGCCUGUACCAGCCUUUCUUUGAUGUGCUCGUGCGGUGCGAUCAUAUCCCAGAUGCUUUGGCCAAUGUCAUCUUACCUAUAAUAGACAGGACAAAUGGCUGGAGUUUGUUUGCUGCUCAAGCCAUUCCAGGCAAGACAGAGCUGGUGCCAGAAUGGCUGUCCUGCCUUUUUGAUCUUUUCAAUCCUGUUGUGGAAAGGAUAAUUGGACCUGCUGUGUGUCAGAUCUUGAAGCGCCAGUCUGUCAGUGCUGACAUUCCGCCAUUGUCAGCCAUGUUGGAAGAGCUCCCAUGUGGCUGCGAUCUCAUCAACCACCCGAAUAAGGUCAAAGAGAUGGAUGCAAAUGAGGAACUACUGGGCAUAGCGUUGUCUCAGGUCUUACAAGCCCUUGGUGAGGAGAUAUAUGCAAUCCCACAAGCUGUAGGGGUGUUCUUCAAUAUGCUUCAGUCCAGGCUGCAGGAAAAGGGCAUUGAAAGUGCACAGGAUACUGCAGGUUUACAGCUGCUGGCCAGUUGUCUUCGAUACAAACUGUUAGACAGUUCCUUUAUAGAGAGCCUUACAGGGAUGCAUAUCAGGGUAACUGAGAAGGAACUCUUCAUUAAUCUGGGAGAAACUCUCUUUCAAAUUCUUACUGAUUCAGUGAAGAAAGGCAGCUCUACACCCAGAAUCUGCAAACGCUACUUAAAGCAGCAUCGAGCAUGGGUGCAGGAACAAGUGAAGCAGAUCAAAGCAUAUUUUCUCUGCCAUGAUAUAUUCAGUGUAGAGGAGGGUAACCUUAUGGAGGGGGCACCUUCAGAGUUUACCCACUGCCUGAUGACAGCAUAUGCCAGUAAUGUGAUGAACUCUAGCACAGGAAUGAAAUCUCUGAACCAGAUUUACAACUUUGUUUUGAACAAUAAAGACUGGAUUGUGGCCCAGCUUGACAUUCCACUCCUCAUCCCAGCACUAGAGCCACCUUGUGGUCAUGAAUUUAAGUUUGAUUUCCAAACACCAUGUGUCAAGGAAUAUAAUCCUUUGGAACAAUUCCAGAAGAUAGGACUUUUUUCAUUUGACCAUAAUUACAUCACUGAAUUCGCUUUCAACUGGACAGAGUUACUGAAAAGUGACCUGGGUCUCAGUGAGCUUGGCUUCAAGACUCUUCUCUACCACAGACAUGACAUGCAAGAUGGGGCAUAUUUGGAACAGGGAGAAAAGAAACCUGUUCAAGCCCUGAAAGCUAAAUUUGAUGUUGAACCAGCAGAGUUGGUUUGAUAAUGUGGUGCAAUCAAUAUAAGUGUCUUCAUUGUAUUUACAGGACCUCUAAUACAUGUAUUUGUAUGUUCGUUGUCCCAAUAUUUAUUUUUAUAUGUAGUAUGUUAAAGUUGAUAAUCUCUCCCUUUUGUACUGCACAGUACUUGUGUAUUGGGAAUUAAAGUAUUUUAUAAUUAAAUUAGGUAAAUGUCAUGUUAAAAGGGCAUGAAAUGGAGGCUUCAUUAUUCAACGGGUGUGUAGCAAUACACAAAUAUGAUUACUCACAGUUACACAAAUAAGUUUUUGCUUCUUCAUGAUCUGUGAUUG